CGGAGAGGAGCUGUAGCUGUAGUUAAAGGUGGAUCCUGAUUGCUGCUGUAAACAGCUCGGUUCCGCUGCUGAGCGCGCAGCUGGGCUCGUCUGAAGGCAGAACCAGAUUCUUCAUCUCCUUCAGGACUUAAAAAUGGGGAACGGUUCGAUGAAAUCGAAGCGUUACAAACCCACCGACAACGUUUCCGCCUCCAACGGCCAAGCUCACAAAGACCUCUUCAAAAACUCCUCUCUGGACUCCCUGAGGGCCCGGGUGGAGGAGCUGGAGCGCGAAGGCAGAAGGAAGGAUGAGGAACUGUGUGCCAAGGAGCAGCAGAUCAAAGGUCUUCAGGAGCAACUGGCCCGGCAGACCCGGGUUCUGUCCGAGCUCAGCGAGGAGCUGCAGAACAAGUGCAUCCAGCUCAAUAAGCUGCAGGAUGUGCUGAGGAGCGGGGCCCCGGCUGGGCUGGCCUCGCGGCCCCCGUCCGUCAGGGCCAGCGGAAAGAGCAGCCCCAACCUGAGUGUCCGCAUCAAGGAGACCCUGAACAGAAGGAAAGGAGCCAAAGCCGGCGUGUCUGCAGAACCCACGUCGAGCAGCCUGCCCAAGUUCUCCUUUGAGAAGGCUCGGGUACCGAAGGACGCAAGCGUAAAGAAGAUGCUGACAGACGCCCUGAACAAGAACCAGUACCUGAAGAGGCUGGAGCUGCAGCAAAUCAAAGACAUGGUGGAGUGCAUGUACGAGUGCACCUACCAGCAGGGAGAGUACGUGAUCAAGCAGGGAGAACCUGGCAACCAUCUGUUUGUCCUGGCAGAUGGAAAGCUGGAAGUGUUUCAGCAAAACAAGCUGCUGACAUCGAUAACGGUGUGGACCGCGUUUGGGGAGUUAGCCAUCCUGUACAACUGCACACGAACAGCAUCGGUCCGAGCGGUGAACAAAGUGAGGACGUGGGCCUUGGAUCGGGAAGCGUUCCAAAACAUCAUGAGGAGGACGGCGGAGACGCGACACGAGCAGUACCGAAACUUCCUGCGAAGUGUUUCACUUUUGGCCAAUCUACCCGACGACAAGCUAAGCAAAAUAGUGGACUGCCUGGAGGUGGAAUACUACGACAAAGGAGAAUACGUCAUCCGACAGGGAGAGGAAGGCAGCACUUUCUACAUCAUCGCGCAAGGAAAGGUGAAGGUGACCCAAAUUACCGACGGCCACAAAUUGCCACAGAUUAUCAACACGCUGCAGCAGGGGGACUACUUUGGAGAAAAAGCACUCAUAAGUGAUGACGUCAGGUCAGCCAAUAUCAUCGCUGAUGAGAACGGGGUGGAGUGCCUUGUGAUCGAUAGAGAGACAUUUGACCACACAGUGGGGAACUUCAAUGAGCUGCAGAAACACCUCGAAGGCUACGUGGCGACACUUGAUCGGGACGACAAGAAGAGAUAUACCAAGAAGUCCGUGUCCCGACACCAAAGUCAGCCGCUGUCUCCAGAUAUCCUCCAGCUGAAGGAAAUGGUGUCAGUGUUCUCCUCAUCCAGGCCCUUUGAUCACCUUGAAGUCGUGGCCACUCUGGGCGUUGGCGGGUUUGGACGUGUAGAAUUGGUGAAGCUGAAGGACGAGGACCUGACCUUUGCUCUGAAGAUGAUCAAAAAGAAGCAUGUUGUGGACAACAGGCAGGAGGAACACAUCCACUCAGAGAGGAGAAUCCUGGCCGAAGCUCGCUCACCUUUCGUUGUCAAACUGUAUCGUACCUUCAGGGAUAACAAAUACGUGUACAUGCUGCUGGAGGCGUGUUUAGGUGGAGAGAUUUGGAGUCUGCUCAGAGACAGGGGGAGCUUCGAUGAGCCGACCGCCAAAUUCUGUGUCGGCUGUGUGACUGAGGCUUUUGAGUAUCUGCACCGUAAAGGCGUCCUCUACAGAGAUCUGAAGCCGGAGAAUCUAAUGCUGGAUUCAGAGGGAUACAUCAAACUGGUCGACUUUGGUUUCGCCAAAAAGAUCCGAUCUGGCCAGAAGACCUGGACCUUCUGUGGGACUCCUGAGUAUGUGGCCCCGGAGAUCAUCCUCAACAAGGGCCACAACUUCAGUGUGGACUUCUGGGCCCUUGGUAUUCUGGUGUUUGAGCUUCUAACGGGCAGCCCUCCGUUCUCAGGAAGUGACCAGAUGAUGACAUAUACAUUCAUCUUGAAAGGAAUAGAGAAGAUGGACUUCCCCAAAAAGAUCACAAGAAGACCUGAGGACCUCAUACGCAAGCUGUGCAGGAGGAACCCUGCAGAGCGACUCGGGAACCUUAAAAAUGGAAUAACUGAUAUCAAGAAGCACAGGUGGUUUAACGGAUUCAACUGGGAGGGGCUAAAGGCGAGGACGUUACCCUCUCCACUAAAAAGAGAACUCAGCGGACCGACUGACUACAGUUACUUCGACAAGUACCCUCCAGACGAGGACAGUCCCCCUGACGAGCUGUCUGGUUGGGACAUGGACUUUUGAAGGUUUCUUUGUG